UCAAAACUUAAAAUGACAGGUGGUACAAUUGACAGGUGGUUCAAUUCUUGCAUACCACUAUUUUGUAACAAUAUUUAUGAUGCAAUAAGAUUUAGGUUUCCCGCAUUUUUUAGCCGACCCCCUGAACUGCGGCAUAAUUAGGGGGUCGUAUAAACUGUUUUUCGUGUGGGUUCAAAAGGGCCUAGCCCUUGCAUUAACCCCCUUUUUGGUGUGUCCUGGUACAUGCCUAUAUAAUCCCUCCAGUGAGGGGGGAUAAGUCAGUUGCAGGAUUAAUUUGCACACGAUAGAAAGCGAUAUAAAAUAUGGAUUCUUCAUUUAUUUUUUACAAUGGCCGUGACGGGGAUCGCACAGAAAGAACACUGCGGAGAAGCCAAGUAUCAGUCCAAAGACUGGCAAUGAUUUACAAGCUUGACGUUACAUCGGUGUACAUAACAGAGGAGUUCGGUUCCUCAGAAUUUCCGAAUCCGGAUGGGACGUUUGAUUGCCUUCGGGAGUCGCCUUCUGGCACGUAUUACCAAGUGGAGGGAGAACCACAUCAAGGCAUGACUCAGGUUAGAAACCUACCGACAUCAACGGUCAAUGACAUCGGCGCGUUUCGAAGGCCAACAAUGUUGCAUACAUCUUCGUCCACGAUGUCGCGUAAACGUGUAGGUGCGGCUGCGGAGAACUAUGUUUUAAAAGUUGUUCUGGCGGAUAUAGAGAACAAAAAAAUCGUUAAUCAGAAACGAAUUUCGUUUAUAACAAUAACGGAAGCAGAAGCAAGCGUCGACGCAAUCACGGAGAUGGCAAAAACACGAUUCGAAGAUCGAACGUUGGUGUUAGUGCAAGGAGGUGGUUUACGAUACGAGGACUCCGCAGCCACAAGAGGUGUGUAUAUAUAUAUUUGAAUAUGGACUGAAAAUUGUUUUUCCUCUUCACAGUUU